CUACAAGUUAGUGUGCCGCCAGCCAGCUCACCAGCAUCUUCUCUGAACAAGGAGGGCUGAGAAGGAAGGAUUUGUGGAAUUCCUCCUUCCCCUGGAUGGGAUAACACUGACCCCUAUCAGCUUGUGUCACAGCCACAUUAUUCCAGUCAGGCUACACAUCUGUAGGUGUGGUGUCAGGAGCACAGGAAUCUUCCUUAACCAAGGCACUAUAUAUAAAGUGAUUAGAAUUAAGCAGCAGAGUCCCAAUAGGGAGUUACUGUCCUAAGGAGAGAGUGAAGAGCUGGGAUUCAGGCACCAUGGGAACUGCUACCUCACAGGUUAGCGACAAGACCAUAGAAGAGCAGGCUCAGACGCAGGAAGAUCUGGAGCAAAAUGUGCCUAGUGUGGAUGAAGCCAGUGACGGUGCCCCAGAGCUUCUUCAUAAGAAUGGUCAGAUUGCCAUCAUCAAUGGGACUACAGAAGGAGGAGCAGAAGAAGAAGAAGAAGAGAUAGUAGCUGGGAUUCUAACUGAGAAUAUAAAUGUCAUUAUGAAGGAAAAUGAUCUUCAAAUUGUGGUGGAAGAAGAAGAAGCUUCAACACAAAUUAAAGGGCCAGCAGAAAACAUAGAGGAUGUUUCUAGUGAAGCUACUCUCAAAAGUGAAAUAAAGGAACAGGGCCAGGAUGAAGCACCAGAAGCCACAAAUGCAACUUUAGAAUCACCAGAAGAGUCACCAGAUCAAACUAAUGAAACGCAGUCCAGUGAAGUUGGAUUUAAAAAAGUUUUUAAUUUUGUGGGCUUCAAAUUCACUGUGAAAAAGGACAAGACUGAAAAAUCUGAACCUGUACAGCUGUUAACUGUGAAACAGGAGAAGGUAGAAGUAAAUGGAACAGAAAAUCAUGAAAAGCAAAAUGAUGGUAGUGAUGAAAAUGUGCUGGAAACAGAAGACACCAAAGAAGUGGAGAAACAGUCAGAAACAGAUCCAAUAAUUCAAACUGAGACUCAAGAAGAGGUAUCUGCAGAAAAGCCAAAGAGUGAAGAAGAAACUAAAUUAGAAAAAGAACAGGUCAAGACCCCAGAAUCUCCAACCAACCCACUUGUUGUUGAAACAUCUUCCCCACUAAAGAAAUUUUUUACACAGGGUUGGGCUGGCCUGAGAAAAAAGACGAGUUUCAGAAAGUCAAAGGAGGAGGAUCACCAGGAAGUUGAAAAGCAUAUUUUAAGUGAAGAACAGGAAAAUGUUGAUUCUCAACAAGCCAAAGAGGCAGCUUUGGAGAACCAAAUAAUAGUCAAUGGUGAGACGUUACCAAAGGAAGCAAAUGAAAUUGAAGAAUCAAAGGCAUGCAUCAAUAAGGAAACUCAGCCCAAUACCAAUGAAUUGGCAAAGCCAGAAGAAUGCCUAGCUGAUCAACCGUUAGAUUCUAAAGCAGACAUUAAACUAGAUAAUGCCAACAUAUCUGAAGUAUCUAUAACAGAGGGUAUACAAAAUUUUGUUGUAGUAGAUAAUGCUGUUCCUGUGCCAAAUGAGGUCAAUGAACAACUGAAAGAAUCUGACACUGCAGACGACAAAGAUGUAAACCAAGUUACAAUGGUCAGCACUUCUACUGCUAUUGCAGAGGAAGUAAAGGAAACACUUUCAGAAAUGGCACCCGACACUGAAAUCACCUGUGACAAAGAUGACAAGGACACACAUAUUGAACAGGCCCAGUCAGCUGCAAACACAGAGAGCAAGGAAGCUGAAACAUGCCAGGAACCUAUAAUGACAGAAACUGAACUGUUGUCCUCACAAGAAAAAGCUAAACUUCAAGGUAGCCCGUUAAAAAAGCUUUUCAGUGGAAAUGGUUUAAGGAAGCUCUCUGGGAAGAAGCAUAAAGGAAAGAAGGAAGAUGACACUAAGACAGAGUAUACUACAGAAGUACCGGUAUCAUCGGACAUCCCUGAAGGUGAUGGAGACAAUACCUCACCCUCUUCUCCUGAGGAGUCGGCAGAGACCUCUCCCACAGAAAAUGGGCCAGAAGAUGUUCCACAGACAGUGGAAACAGAAGGGGAUGGGGCCACAUCUGAUGGGGAGAGAAAAAUAGAGGGUAUUACACCAUGGGCAUCAUUUAAAAAACUAGUCACUCCCAAAAGACGCCCAAAAAGGCCAUCAGAAAGUGAUAAAGAAGAAGAAGUUGAAAAGAUAAAGACCUCUACGAUGUCCUCUACUGAUAGCACUGGUUCAGUUGAAAAUCAAGAAGAAGCCAAAGAAAAUGGUGAGGAACAAAAACUUGAAAAAAGUACAGAAGAAAAUAAGAAAAAAGUUGACAACUCAGUGUCAUGGGAAGCAUUAAUCUGUGUUGGCUCUGCCAAGAAAAGAGCAAGAAAGACAUCUGAUUCAGAUGAGGAAGAAACUCAAAAAAACAUUGAAGAGAAUAAAAAAAUAGAGGAAGAAGUUAAUAAAAGUAAGGAGCAGGAAUCAGAAGAUCCAAUUGUUAGCUCACAAGAAAAUGAACAAGUAUAUGAUAGCCCCUCACCGGACCAAUCAACAAGCCCUGUUGAAGGAGAAGGGGGAUCAACUUGGCAGUCCUUUAAAAGACUAGUUAAUCCAAGAAGAAAAUCAAGAACCAGGGCAGAGGAGAAAACUGAAGAAACUAGUGUAGUGUCCAAUAAUGAACAGCCAACUUCAGAUGGAGAAACUGGAAAGGAAGAAGGAUGGGUAUCGUUUAAAAAACUAAUCCCUGGGCGAAAAAAGAAAAAAUCAGAUGGCAAGCAGGAACAAGCUACAAUAAGUGAUACUGGAAAAUCAACAGAAGGAUGUGAGGCAAUGGAUGAUGAUGCUGAUGUGCCGGCAGUAGUUCCGCUGUCUGAGUUUGAUGCAGCUGAGCAGGAGAAGCGUGAAGCUCAGCAAGCAGAAGAUGCUUUAAAUGAUGUCUCAAAAGAUGAAUUGAAAACACCAGAGGCUACCUCAGAAGGCCUUAUUCAUGCAAUUACUGUAACUGUUGUCGAGGGAGAGAGAGCUGUUACCAGUCUGGAAGACAGGGCUCCCUCUUGGAUAAGUGCAAAUGUUACAGAAACUAUUGAGCAAGCAAAUGAACUUACAGAGCCUAAUACAAAUCAAAGAAUAAAGUCUGAAAUUACAGUAGAGGAAGCUGUAAUUUUUGGUGAAGUUUCACAGAUGGCAGGAAACACUAUAAUUAAUGAGGUGGAAUUAACUUCUGAAGCUCUAACUGCUCUUGCAGAAGCAAUUGAAUAUUCAUGUGCUGAACAGACAACUGAAAUGAUAUCUGCUGCUUCACAGUUAAGUGACUCCUUUACCCCCACUGAAGAAGUUACCCUCAUUCCAGAGGAAGAUGAGGGUAGCCAGAUUUUGGAUGUGCCAGAGAAGAAAACGGAUUCAGUCCUCAAUUCAGCCACAGAAUUGGCAGAGCAGUCUUUGGUUGAAAAACCAAAUCAAGAAACCAUCUGCACUUCUGCUGAAGAGCAUGGGCUAGAAGUUGAUGAAAAAAAUAUCUGUAUUUCCUCCAAACAGGAUGAAGAAAGCACCAUUUUUUCAGCUAAACAGAUUGAAGAAUGCACCCUUGUGUUAGCAGAGAGGCCUGGUUCGUCAGAAAUUAAAUCUGUGAUAGAAAAUAAUGGAGCUGACUCAGUUUCUGUUGUGGAGCAAAUUAAUAAAAUUGCUGUCAUUGAGACAGCCAAGGAAAAAUCUUCUGACAAGGCUGAUAUAGAUGCUCCAGUAGAUACAAAGGAAUAUCCUACAGAUGCUACUGUGCUAGAAGAGAAGAAACAGGAAACAAGUGUUGGUUCAGCUGAAGUACAAGCUUGUGAAAGGAUAGUUGUUUUAGAGGAAAGCCAUGCUGAUACAAUAGCUGAUACUGCAGUGAAACAGGAUGAAAGUAUUCUUGUUCUGUCUGAAAAGAAGGUUGAAGAAUGUGCCAUAAGGACACCAGAUCACGAGACUGCCUCAGUUCCUGCAAAAUGCCAAUUUGAAGAAGUCACACCAUUUUCAACAGAAAAUAACGCCCCCCCUAUAAAAGAGCCGGUCUUAGAUGACUCGAUUUCUGCUGUGGAGCAUGUAGACGUUGCUUCUGAGAGGACUGUUGAAGAAAGUACUCCAACUUUGGAACAGGAACAGCUAAAUGAAUUGAGUGAACAACAGUCUAGCAUAAGUGUUUCUACUGUUCACAAAGAGCAAGUUAAAGACGUUGCUCUCAUAUCAGACGAGCAAGAAAUCAUAGAACAUCCACAUGUUUCAGAUGAUUUAGAACCUAAAGAAGGUGCCGGUGAGCAGCAGUUAGAAGAAAAAUCAAUCAUCUAUGAGAAGGUUACAGAAAAUGCACCGAUUUUUGCUGAAGAGAAAGAAACUGAAUGUAGUUUUGUUUUGACUGAAACAACACAGGCAACAGAGAGUGUCUGUAUUUUGGAAGAGGAACUGGCUAGAGACAGUGACCCAGAGGAGCUACUGGAGCAGGCUAAUGCAAUUGCCAAGUCUGCCCUUAAUGAGAGUGACAAGCAUUCUGUAGAGGAUGCAUCCAAUGAAGUUGAAAAGCAAGUUUCAGAAUGUUCAACAGUAAUGCUCGAUGAGCUAGUUGCAAAAAGUCCAACAUCUGUUGCAGCAACACUUACUGCAGAAAUUGCUUCCAUAGUUGAACAAUCUGCAGAACGCCACCAUACUGUGAAGGAAGAACAAAAGGCAGAAUAUCUACACAGUGAGGCUGAGACACAGAUUUCAGAGAUUUCCUUUAGUAUGGCUAAAGAUGAAACCAUGGAAGUUACCACUGCAGCUGAACAUGAUAAAGAAAGCACACCUGGUGAAAAGCAGGCUGUGGAAAGUUUUUCUGUCUCAAUUGGAGAACAGGAAGCAGAAAGUCUUAACACUGCUGUUGAAGAGCAGGAUUUAGAAAGUGCCAUUGAGGAGCAAGUUACAGAAAGUGCCACCACUGCCACUGAGGAGCAGAGAGAAUGUGCCCCAAAUGUAGAUGAUGCACAUGUUGUAGAAUGUAAUGCCAUAACUGUUGAGGAACCAAGUGAGGAAAUAACUUCUGCUACAUCUGUGGAGAAUACUGCUGAAAUGCUCUCUGUUUCUCUAGAAUGCCCAAUCACCACAAAAGAGGUACAAGCUACAGAAAUUGACAUCCUAAUUGCAGAUGAGCAGGUUGCAGAAGGAGUCCUCAUUGCUGCUGAGGAACAUGUUACAGAAAGUGUUGUGGAUGUUGCUGGGGAAAAGACUGAAGAAAGUGCUAUUACUUUGGCAAAGGAAUCUGGAGAAACUGUUGCAUUUGAGGAGCAUGCUACAGAAAGUGUUGUGGAUGCUGCUGGGGAAAAGACUGAAGAAAGUGCUAUUACUUUGGCAAAGGAAUCUGGAGAAACUGUUGCAUUUGAGGAGCAUGCUACAGAAAGUGUUGUGGAUGCUGCUGGGGAAAAGACUGAAGAAAGUGCUAUUACUUUGGCAAAGGAAUCUGGAGAAACUGUUGCAUUUGAGGAGCAUGCUACAGAAAGUGUUGUGGAUGCUGCUGGGGAAAAGACUGAAGAAAGUGCUAUUACUUUGGCAAAGGAAUCUGGAGAAACUGUUGCAUUUGAGGAGUAUGAUGCAGAAAGUGCCCCAAGUUUAGCCAAAGAUCAGGCUGGAGAAAGUGCCCUCACAGCUACUGAGGGACAAAUAGAAAGUAUCUGUGCUGCAGCACUGGGACAGGCAAAUGAAACUGUCAUUUUUGAUUCUGAGGUCCAGAUUGCAGCUGCAGUAGAUGAAAAGCAUUUUGCAGAAAGUGUCACUGCUGAAGCUAAGGAACAGGCUACCCUUUCAGUUGAUGAGCAAAGUGCAGAAGUGCAGAUUGCAGAAGGUAUCGACCUUACAACUGUGGAAGACAUCGCAGAAAGUGCUGUUUUUGCUGUUGAGGAGGUGACUGCAAAAAGUGUCAUCAGUGUGGCUGAGGAAAGUAUCUCUACUGCAGUUGAGGACAGUCCCACUGCUGUAGCCAAAGGGCAAACUGAAGAAAGUGUAACAGAUGUUGCUGUGGAGUAUAUUAAUGAAAUUAUUACUACUGCUACUGCUGAAGAGCAGAUUGAAGAAAACUUGAGUGUUGGGGAGCAGUCUGUAGAAGUUACUGCCUCUCUGGUUGAAAAAACAGCUGGAGAAAAUGUUUAUGCUGCAUUUCAGGAAGAGGCCACAGAAAGUGCCACCAUUGUUGAUAGUGAACCAUGUGCAGAAAAUGUCAUAAGUACCAAUGGGGGCCUGACUACAGACAUUGCCACACCUACUACCCAGGAGCAAGUUUCACAAGAUUUUAACACUGGUUUUGAAGAGCAAAUUGAACAAAAUGCUGUCUCUUUUACUGAGACACUGACUGCAGAAAGUGUUGCCAAUGAGGAAACAGCUACAGAAUUUACUGCUGCUCCUGUUGAGGGGCAAGUUGUUGGAAUUCUGAAUACUGUUGUUGAUGAGCAGGCUGGAAAAACUGAUACUACUCUUACAGAAGUGCAGGCAGUAGAAAUCACUGCCAAUGAUUUAACUGGAGAAAGCGCCCCCGCUGAAGUUGAAGUACACGUUAUAGACUGUGCUUCUGAAGAAACUGAGGAGCAGUCUUCAGAUAUGGAGCAGAGAGUGGACAAUGACUCAGCAUCUGCACCUGAAAAAGAUGUCUAUACUUCACCUGUUGUAACUGAGAACGUAGCAACUGUCUUAGAAGAAUAUACAGAUGAAAGUGAAGUGUUGACUUUUAAUGCCAAUGUGGAUGUCCCAUGUUCAGUGGAUCUGAAUGAUGUAGAACAGCAAGAGAAAAAUGUUGUUAUGACUGUGGAAAAAACACCUGAAGAAAUAGUUGAUGAUCAAGUACCCCAUAUUGUUAGUGAAACCAUUCCUAUGGUUUCAGAGGAGCACGGAAUGGAAAGGGUGACAGUAAACAUAUCAGAGCAAUUAACCCUUGAUUGUGUUGUUUUGGAAGGGAACCUUGAGUCUAUUGUGCCACAGGAUGAAGUUACAGUGUGCGAACAAGAGACUGUGCCAGAACCAACCAUCUAUUCAAUGCCUGUUGAGCAACAAUCUGCUACUGUGCCUGAAGAUACCGUGACCGAGGUCACAAAUAUCCCUGAGUUUGAAAGUUCUGAGGCUACCAAAACAAGUGAGACAGUUACUACUGCAGCUGUACAAGAGCAGAUCUUAACAGAGACUGUAAUGCCUAUUGAGACUUCAACAGAUACCAAAGAAGCCUGUGAAACACCAAAAUAUGCAGAUGACCUUAGUGAGACCUCUGGGGCUGUACAUACAGUUGCACAGUCUGUAUCUCAAAAAGCAGCAGCUAUUGUUGAUGCAGCAAUUGAAGCAGCCGCAAGCUGUUUAGUUGUAAAGGCUGCCACCCAUGAAAGUACUUUAGAAGAAAAUAUACCAGAAAAUGGUGUUUUCAUUCAAGAAUCUAUCUCUGUUUGCACAGAUGCUAAUGAAGACAACCUUGUUCAAACCACCAUUAUCAGUUCCUUUAGUACUGUCUCAGUACAAAAGUUUACUGAAACAUCAGUGGAAAAGAUUGAAGAAAUUGUUGAAGAAAUUCACACUGGGGAAAGUGUAGACCACAAGCAUAGCUUAAAGGCUGAAGAGACUGAACCUGUUUCUGCUCAGUUUGCAGAAGAAGUAGCGACGGCCGAGGAGAAACAGGAUAUUCAGGAAACCUCUAAACCCAUUGCAGUAGCUAUUGCCACUGGAUUACAUGAUGGCUGUGUUGUACAAGAAGAGGAUAAAGAACACACACCUGUACACAUGCACGAGGAAUCCUUAAAAGCUGCAGGCUGUGAGUGUACAGAACAAGUGACUCUGCAGAUUACACAUACAGAAAGUGAAUCAAGCAUGUCCAUCAACAAACCCAUAGAAGAAGAAAUUGUCUCUCAGGACAGUGCAGAGUUGAAUACACAAGCGGACUCGCAGACUGUAGAAUCCUGAGACAAAAGGCAAGCUCUCAACUCAUCAAGUAAAAUUCAUGAUACAAAAACCUGAAAGCUGCUUGUGUUGCCAAUAACACAGAACAUUUAACUAUUUAAAGGCGUCUUCCAAAGAUCCUGGAUUAUAAGAACCCCAUCCAUGCGACCUUCUCUUUAAUGGAAUGUACAUUGUUAGACAAUCCUGAGGUGUUAUCAGGAGCUUCAGACAGAAUCGUCCUUUACUCCUAAAUAAAAUUCUCAGUUGAGGGCCCAAAUGUAAGGAGUGAUCAGAAGGAAAAUCAUUAGCCAUUCAAGGCUAUCAGAAGUUUGGAGUGGGGAUAGAUAUGUAUUUAUGUGUAUAUCUUAUUUUACUGUAUAUUUUCUUUCCAGUUAUAUAUAUAUUAAAGCGGAAGUAAAGAGCAAACAGACUUAUAAUGAAUGCUGUUAGCAGAGUCUAUAGGCAUGAGUUUUGUUAUAACAUUGGACUUUAUUUGCAUCAAGAAAAUGUUUGCUUUUUUUCUUCUUUCAUUAACAAAAUGUCUGGUUUAAAAAAAAAACAACUGUAGAAGUUAUUGUUUACAGCGCCAUUUAAAUUAUUAUCCAAAAUGACUAUAAAUAAUACACCUAUAUUAAGUGCACUAUAAAGUUUAUUAAGACACCUGCUUUUCUUCUCUGUAACAGGUCAGCUGAGUUGUGUGGGUUUAGUUUCCCCUACAAACCAAUGACGUAGCGGAGACUCAGUAUUUUUUUCUGUUUUUUUUCUGUUAAACAUGCAUUUUACUGUUAUCUGGUUCUUACAAAAUGUGAAAAUUCUGCAAACUUUUGUUUUUACAGAAUAUGUUUAGUUUGAGUGCACCAGUCUUGGUGCCCAACAGGUUUUUAAAAUGUGAUUCCAUUCUGCUUGUGUACAUAUUGCUCAACUGUGAUUUAUAAACACCAUAUGGUUAAAUAAAGCCCCUGCUUUUACCAUG